CUUCACGCACAAAGCGCUUCUGCUCAGGUUACUGUAAAUGAGACCUCCACUCUUACAAUUACCCAUUUAAUGGAUUAAACUGCCAAGAGGACCAGAAGCCAUAACAUGAAGAAACGCUACAUGGAUAUAGGCAGACUGCGGAAAAUGAAAAAGAUCAAACUGACAGAGAAGAUUUCCGAAAGCGCUUACUCUGUUCUGAAGUUGAUGAUCGUCUGGAUGCUGGUGCUGUUUGCUGACUUUAUUCUGGAGUUCAGACUGGAAUACCUGUGGCCCUGUUGGCUCUUUCUAGGAACCGUCUACACCACAUUUCACUGUCAUGGGCUGGCCAUCUGUGUGGUUUUUGUGUGUGCAGCGUUUACUCUGGACUUAUUCUGUUUAAUUUUUGUGCCGCUACACUGGCUGUUCUUUGCAGCCAGUACAUAUGUCUUACUCAACUAUAUGUGGCAUACAGUUCCUGUUCAUUUAUUAAUUUAUCGAUUUGCAGAAAAGGGAAUCUGUAUGUCAACUGUGACAUUAUGGAUACUCUUAGUGUAUAUGGAAGCCUCUAUGCGGCUGCGGGACCUUAAAAGCCCCCAUGCAAAUCUGUCCCAUCUAUUUGCUGCACACUGCAUUGGUUAUCCACUAGUGUAUAUGGGAUUUGAUGCAACAUGCUACUUCACCAGUAUGUUUAAGCUGCGCACUCAAAAAUCCAUUCCUAGUGAGAGCGACCUCCACGUGGAACUCUUACAACAAUCCCUACCUCCUUAUAUGCACCUGUACCCAAAAUUGUGGAUGGAAGAUCCCAAAUUCAAGGUGACCAAAUCCAGGCCAAUGCAAUACCAGUGUCCAAAUGAUGACAUCACAUUAGAGGAAAAGCAAAAUAUGGAAGACUGUCUGCAAAUCCACAGACUUCCUGGACGACCUGAAAAAGACACAAAUCCACAAACCCCAGGGCCCAAGCACCGGGGAGGUGAACUUCAUUUGGACUCUACAUCCAUGUUAGAAAUCUCUGAAAACCUACCUCAGGAGGAUCAGAGCACUAAAGCUCAUAGACCUCCAAAGAGCUCCCUGCCCAAAGUGCAGCGAGGUUCAGUAAACAUCCCUAAUAGCAAAGGGGAGAAAAGGCAGAAAGUCCCCAAAGCCGUCAACUCUACAGGGGACCCUGCCGAACGGUGCUCAGCCAACAUCUCAAGUCCUCCCAACCCGCAUGCUGACCAGAUACUGAAGCUGGAACAAGAGAUGAGGAGAAUAAAGGGCGAGCUGCAAGGGAGCAGACAGAGCGAGCAAGAACUGCGCAGUCACAUUUGUAAUCUCACCAACAGUGAACACAGUCUGCGGCCAGAAGUCUCACUGCUCAGACAUGCAAAUGAACUUCUGCAGAACAAGAUUCAGUGUUUGACAAAAUCCCGACAUAAGGACAAGCAAAACGGUCCCCUGCUGGAGAAGAAAAUCAGAAUGGAAACAGAGGCUCGGCUUUCAGUAGAAAAACAACUUGCAGAAGUCAGAGCCCAAAAAUUUGAUGAAGCAUCUAUUUCGCUUCGAAAUGCGUCACACAGGCAAGAGCACAGUGAAACUCAAAUGCUGAGGAAAAAAGCAAAAGAUCUAGAUUCAGAGUACAAACAACUGAAGCUGCAAUACCAGGAGAAAGAGAAUCGAAUGAUAGCUUUAGAUAAUGAAGUGGAGAGCCUCCAAAGGAGCAGAUGUACAGAACAGGAGGCAGAUGCCAUGCUCUCAGCUCUCUCCUCCUUGCAGGACAAGGCACAGCAUCUAGAGUACAACCUGAGCGCAGAAACCCGUCUCAAACUAGACCUCUUCUCUGCCUUGGGAGAUGCCCGUAGACAGCUGGAGAUAGCUCAAGUUAAAAUUGUAAAACAAGACCAUGAAGUUCGAGAAAUGAAGCAGAAGCUUGCAGAAGCGGUGGCCGUGGCUCCGGGUUUGUCCUAUAUGACCCCGCGGUCAUCUAUGCCCCAGUACCUCAAGUUCUUCAACUCCGAGCGCUACAUGCUGAAUCCUAGAGCGCUCAUGUACCAAUGUCUAAAGAAAUAAGACCAGCGAGGACAAAUCGGGACGGCUUUUUAAACAUUUUUGGACUCUUCUUUGACAUUCCGAACUUUGGGGCAUCUUAAGAUUUGCCUGGAAACUUUGCCUUUCGACAAUGUCAACAGCCCCUGGCGAAUCUACAUGUGUACUGAUUUAAGCAAAGACACCCAGGCCAGUUACGGGUGACCUUGCUCUGAUCCAAUGAAUUAAGAUGAAAAUGAAAUUUGACUGUAAAUACAUAGAGUUCCAGCGGAAGACCAUCAAAUACUGAACGAACCGUUGAACGAAGCUUCGUAAACAGUAAGAUAUCAGUAUGAAAAACACUUGACCAUCAACGUACGUGAUGUGAGUUCAUGAGGAGAACAGGAUACUUUGUGUUGAGUGUACGACAAAGAGGCAAACGCAACACAGCCUUUCUGUGCCUCACCAUUUAUGUGAAUUCAAUUUCUAUAACAAGCCAAUAUCAAAUGUAAGUCAGUAUGUGAAUAUUUGAGUGCUUUGUACCGUUUUGUAUUCUUUUUACAUUACACGCGUUAUAAAGGAAGUAACCAACACCCAAAAACGUUUGUAGGUUUUCAUGUUUCUGAACCGUUGCCUUUUUUAUGUGUCACCGGGAUGUUUUUUAUGAGAAGUUUAUUUUUCUGCCUUGACCAUUUUUUUUCUAAACCAAAAUGAAAUAACGGUUUAAUUUUAUAAUUCUACUUGUGGGUCUGCAUGCCAAUUUAUGUAAAAUGAUUGUUUUGGACAAAAAAAAGUUUUGAUGUCUAAUUGUGCAUUUGUGCAAGGGCUG